UGGGAGGGAGCGCGGGUGGGGGGGAAGGUUAAAGUGAGCUCAGUCAGCCGGCCAAGCGCGCGUUGCUGUGUCCCGGUGGGAUGUGAUCCGAGUAGCGGCUGAGAGGAAAGGGGGAGUUUCUGCGCGGGAUUUGCCGGGGAGAGAGAGAAAGCAAAAUGAACGGGGCCGAAAGCAUCAAUUUCAGGCGGAUGGCCAUCCGCAGGAAAUCCAGCCCCAGCUUGCACAGCUCGGCCUUCGUCUUCCAGAGCCCCGCCGCCGCUGCUUCGCGCCUUCAGGCCCCCGCGGCGCCCCCGAGGGAAGUGGGACAGGCGGAGGCGGAGGCGGCAGCAACCCCAGCAACAGGUGGCAGUAGGUGUCCAAAGAUCUUAGUCGCUCCAACCUGCUCUUUAAACAGUACAAUUCGGCUGUACAAGACAAGCAUCUGCAAUGAAGUGGUUCAAGGUGUAAAUGGAAACAAUCCAGUUAAGUAUUCUCCGUGGCCAGCUUCAAACUACAAGCCACAAGUGCCUCCAAAGCCAUUACAUCUGCAGAAUUCACAGUCAUCCAUUACCCACCAAACCCCUAAGUCUAAAGCUUUGUAUACCACGAAGCCAAGAAUGGAGGAAAUUACACCUAUCUCUUCUUGUGUCUCGAAAGAAAAAUCUAGUAAAGUGUCUGAUCUCAUCAGUCAUUUUGAAGGAGGCAGCGCAUCCUUUUCCAAUGAGCUGAAGAAAGACCCUUCUGUUUUAAAUGUUGGUAAACCUCAAGGAAAGUAUGGACCGGUGCCAUCACCUCAGCCAAAAUUCCUCAUCCAGCAUCCCCUACACGAGCAGGGAAACAGUAGAGAUUGGUCUCAGGAUAUACAGACUCACACAGCCAAUGGCAUAAUAGCACAGAAUCAGUGGGACUGCCAAGAUAAGUGGUCUGCCCACCGUGCCUGCAGAAACGUUCAAAAUGACUGUGAUGCAGUUGAUAGCAGUUUGGUAAAUGGAGAAAGAGGAAACACUAGCACGGACUCAUCGCCAACCACAGCAGCUUGCAAGGGGCAGAAGAUCAAGAGCCAUCCCUGGGUUCCAGGUGCGAAUUCAUUCCCAUCUGUAAAAGAAGCUGGAGAGAUGAUUGCCAAUAAGGAAGAGAAGCGGGUUGAGCAAAGCAAUCAGCGAGACCCUAACACGGAGACAAAGGAAACAAAUGAAGAAAAAUGUUACAAAAUUGCAAAUGAGCUUUUGCACACUGAAAGAGCUUAUGUGAGCAGACUUGCUCUCUUGGAUCAGGUCUUUUAUUGCAAACUAAUGGAUGAAGCUAACCGGGGAUCAUUUCCAGCUGAAGUCGUUAAUAAAAUAUUUUCCAAUAUUUCAUCCAUAAAUCAGUUCCAUAGUCAGUUCUUGCUACCUGAGCUUGAGAAAAGAAUGCAGGAAUGGGACACCAACCCCAGAAUCAGUGAUAUUCUGCAGAAACUGGCUCCUUUUCUCAAGAUGUAUGGAGAGUAUGUGAAAAAUUUUGACAACGCAAUGGAGCUGGUGAAAACUUGGACUGAAAGAUCCCCUUGUUUCAAAUCCAUUAUUCAAGAUAUUCAGAAACAGAAAGUUUGUGGAAAUCUGACUUUGCAGCAUCACAUGCUAGAACCUGUACAACGAAUCCCAAGAUAUGAGAUGCUAUUGAAAGAUUAUUUGAGAAAAUUACCUGCAGAUUCUCUAGAUUGGAAAGAUGCUGAAAAGUCCUUGGAAAUUAUAUCCACAGCUGCAAGUCACUCUAACAGUGCCAUCCGGAAAAUGGAAAAUUUGAAGAAGUUACUAGAGGUGUAUGAAAUGUUAGGAGAAGAAGAAGAUAUUGUCAAUCCUUCAAAUGAACUGAUAAAAGAAGGGCAGAUACUUAAGCUUGCCGCUCGCAACACAUCAGCUCAAGAAAGAUAUCUUUUCUUAUUCAAUAACAUGUUGCUGUACUGUGUACCAAAAUUCAGCUUAGUAGGAUCUAAGUUUACAGUCCGGACAAGAGUUGGCAUUGAUGGUAUGAAGAUUGUAGAAACCCACAAUGAAGAAUACCCACACACUUUUCAAGUGUCUGGGAAAGAACGAACUUUAGAGCUGCAGGCCAGCUCUGAACAAGACAAAGAAGAAUGGAUAAAGGCUCUUCAGAGUACUAUAGAUGCUUUUCAGCAAAGAAAUGAAACAUUCAGAAACGCAAUUGCAAAAGAAUAUGAUGACAUGCCUAUUGAGGUUUCUACUGCUGAGCUCGGGAAGAGAGCCCCAAGAUGGAUCCGAGACAAUGAAGUGACUAUGUGUAUGAAAUGCAAAGAGCCAUUUAAUGCACUAACAAGGAGGAGACAUCAUUGCCGAGCUUGUGGGCAUGUGGUUUGCUGGAAAUGUUCUGAUUACAAAGCUCAUCUUGAGUAUGAUGGCAAUAAGCUGAACAAAGUCUGUAAAGAUUGCUACCACAUUAUAACAGGGUGCACUGAUAGUGAAGAAAAGAAAAAAAGAGGAAUCUUGGAGAUUGAAUCAGCCGAAGUGUCGGGAAAUAGUGUGAUAUGUAGUUUUCUGCAGUAUUUGGAAAAAUCUAAAACAUGGCAAAAGGCUUGGUGUGUGAUACCUAAACAUGAAGCCCUUGUUUUAUAUAUGUAUGGCGCUCCACAGGAUGUCAAAGCCUUGGCUACAAUCCCACUUUUGGGCUACGCAGUAGAUGACACCCCAAGAAGUGCUGACCUCCCGCAUAGUUUCAAAUUGACUCAGUCCAAAUCUGUGCACAGUUUUGCAGCAGAUAACGAAGAGCUGAAACAGAAGUGGUUGAAAAUCAUCUAUUUAGCUGUUAAAGGUGAAACACCAGAUUGCUGCAACGAUUCACAAAUCAGCUUGGAGGAUCAGCAGGAAAGUACUGCCAAACUGGAAUCCACCAAUGGUCUGUAAAGCUGUAUUUGUCCCAUUCUAUUGGGGUUGACACUACUUCCUAAAACAAAUUUGAAAAGACGCCAGCAUUUCUGCCAUGUUUCUUAGCACUUUAUGUUGGAAAAGAACAAACGAGUCCAUAUCGUUUUAGAGAAAUUGUCCUUAACGUUUAUGUUAUGUCAAUAAAAUUAAUGUACAGAAGCAUUCCAUAUUUUCUUUUUAUUCAAUUAAUGUCUUAGCCAAAAAGUCAUCAAUAUUAACCUAAUGCUGUUAUUUCUAAGAUUGUUAUCGUACAACAUAAUACCAUUGGGGAUGGUACAGCAUUUUCAUAAUGAAGUUGAUCUCUUGGUAAUUUUCUAUGAAUCAUACCUGUGUGUUUUUAGAUAUACCUCCACAUUGCCAAAUAGAUGUGUAGUGAAAUUUAAAGUUAGAUUAGCUUACUGCAUCUAAAUUUUCGCACUAUUUACACUGACGUGUAUAUAAAAACUAUAAUUUUUUGUUUGUGAACCAAACAAUAUCCAGAGUAUCUAAGCAUUUCAAAUCAUCUAUUUAAAAAACUAAAACUUUCCUGUUAAAUUUUUUUUUAUUGAACAAUUAAGAACAUUAUAUACUGUUUGCAGGGUAUGUUUUUACAGGAAAAUGUACUAUACUCGAUUAUGAUUUAUCUUCAUGAUACUAAAUCAAUGCUUGCCCAUGAUUUUUAAAAAUGAAGAAUGCAUCCUGUAGAGUUUAAGCAGAGGUUUCUGAAUUUAAGAGACAAUUGGUGGCUUGUUUAUAUAGAAUAAUAUUGGUAUUUUUAUACAUUAAUACAGAACUGGAAAGAGUAGUAAAGGCAUGUACUGGAUGUAUAGAUUGUAGCUGUGGUUUGAAAAGCAUAACUUCUCAGUUCUGUUACCUUUGAAAGGUGGUGCUACAUUUCUAAAAUUAUAAGUGCUUUAGUAAUUAUCAGCUUAAUCUUAAACAAUGUCUUGUGAUAUCUCUUUUCCCUUUAUAUUAGGAUUUAAUACAGAGAUCUGAAUAUUAUGAAUCAGUUCGGACUUUGCACCAAAUCAUGAUUAAAGAAAAUUAAAUACUGGUACACGUUGAGUUCAUACAUUACACAAAGCCAUAAAGUAGUUUGUUUGUCUUAUGUGAUGUGGAAAGCCAACUGUAAACCAUGAUUUAUGGCUUAAGAUGAUGUGGGAACAAGGUGUACUCAAUAAACUAUGGUUAAAACUAACCAUAUCUUAAGAGUUACAGUCGAAUCAUGCUUUGUGCAAAGAAAAGUCUGGCUUGACAUUUUAAAUUAACAAACCAUAAUUAAAACCAUCAAUCUUCAUUUAAAAACUAGUGCAUUGAAGAAAUGCUGAAUGGACUAACUACGUCUUUAUGUAUUUUGAGGUUAUAUCACUGGCAUGGGUUCUAGCAUAAUUACAACAGAUUAUGUGAUGAUAAGAUAUUUGAACUGACCAUUUAUAACUCCUCAUCAAGCCAUAAUAUCUUGCUGCAAUUAGUAUCACUGCAUUAUGUGUCCCAAAAUCAUAAAAAUGGUUGAUUAAUAUGCACCACGCUUACCAUGCAUGGUCAGGCAUUUUAUAGAAUAACAGAACGUGAUUUUAAAGUUGUGUGAAGAGUAAUGUUUCUGCAAAGCUGGGAAAUAUGUGUUUAUACCUUAAUUUAAAAACUUUCUUGAAGAAGUACUAUGUUUAUGCUGGAAUUUCCCAUUUCUUCUUGGCACUUUCCUGCAAGUGUGCUUUUUUCAGAUCAAUCGAAUGCUGAUCCAGUGAUUGGCAAGAAUUGAUUGACCAGCUUGUCAACCAAUCCUGACAUUUUGGGCUGAAAGAGAGUGACUGGCCCAAUGUCACCCAGCCAACUUUCAUGGCUAAAGCGGAACUAGAACUCAGAGUUCUCUGAUUUCUAGCCUUGCUUUAACCAGUAGACCAAACUGGCUCUCACAUCUUAUACUGUAUCUUAUACUUUUUGCUUGGGAAUUAGCUUUAUUUAAUUCAGUUGGAAUUACUUUCUAAGUAAAGAUGCAUAGAAUUGUGCUGUUGAUUUAAGCUUUGCAAUAUCGAACUAAUAAUUAAGCUAAUAUAUAAUAACGGUAUUAUUAUAUGUUACUAGUUAUUCAGAAUAUUUAUCUUUCAUUGCUGGAGUGGUAUGCAUGCAACAAUCAUAAGCCAGUACUGUGGGCAGUUAAAACUACAGGUCAAACAGCCAACUGUCUAACUGGAAAAAGACAUAAUUAGUUGAAAUUAGUUGAAAAUUAGUUCCACAUUUUUAAAUACCCAGUAAUAUUAGAUGGGAAAAUUGUGAUCAAAAGUUUUAUAUGAAGAUGUGUUCAGGGUUUCUACAUUUCAUUUAACUGUACAAUCCCUUUUGCUAAGCAUUAAGUGUGUAAAAUGCCACAACAGAUGUAACAUAAGCAUGGACAGCCAUUCAGCAUCUCUCUUGCAUCUUCUCCAGAUAACAAUCAGUCAGAUUUUGAAAUCUGGUGGCUCAGAUGCUGAUUGAUAGCAAUGUUGUUCCUUUUUCCAGCAUACAAUUUUUGUGUGUGUGUGGGGGGGAGAGUGAAUACAAACGUUUAAACUAUCCUUUUUAUUCUUUAACUAAAGUCAACUUUGAGUCAAACAUAAUUUCUGUUGUCAAGAAAAUUUUAGAUGAUCAUGUCUGUAAAUUGCCAUUUUUCAAUUUUUUUGGAGGCUUAUUUAUAGCUUCUAUUUAUUCCUUGGGGUUUUUUCCCAUCCAAGUACUCUUAGCUUAUACAGUCAGACAAGAUUGGCCAAAUGCUUAAUCCCUCUCCCUAAAAGUAGUCCAAAAAUUGGCCCUCUCUUUAGGGUCACGUCGCACCCUUGUAGAUAGGAUUUGCUCUAAUACGACACAUGUUUGCUCUAAUAAAUAAAAAAACAGGGUUUGCUUUAAUGUAGAUUAAAGGUAGAAUUAAAUGUAGAAUUAAAACACAUAUCCCCACUGCCAGAGCCCAUCUUUCUGAGUUUGGUAUGAAAUUAACUAAUUCACUGUUGUUUUGCUUUUGUAGAUGGGAAAGAUAUAGGUAUACAGAAAAUCUAUCCUGGUUUAUACUAUUGUCUAAUUUGAUGAUCUAUGGUUUUAUCAUAUGCCCAACACCGGAGCUGAGAGAUUUUGCAGUUCUGGGACAAUCACAUAAAAGUUAGUUUUUAGAGAAGCUAAUGAUUUAUAUUCAGUUUCUCGUGUGCAUGAUUUUGAAAUGUUAUUUGAAAAUAUAAUCAAACCUUAAGUAUAUGACAGAAAGAAAAUGGAAUCUACUUUUCAACUCUUACAACUUCUGAAUCUUUGGGGGCUGUCCAACGUCUUAAGCUCAUGGUAACAUUCCUGUUGCUUCUGAAUGGAAUUGUCCACCACUCUUUAAUUCAAAUGUUCUGUUUUGCAAGGACAUUCAGAACUUCAUGUCUUCUAAAGAAUAUUCAUCUAUGUUAUAUUACUUAUUAAGAUGCACAUUUUGUUUCUCAACAAAUAAUAUAUUGACCCAAUGUAUAUGGAGAUUCUCAAUCAUCCAGGUCAUGGUUACCCCAAAAGUGUUUUUUUCCAAAGGCAACUGGAUUUUCUUGUUUUUUCUUUGAAAAUGACUUGCUUCUCAUCCAAGAAGCUUCUUCAGUUCUGAAGAAUGGAUGAAAAAUGAAACGUUUUCAAAGAAAAAUCAAGAAAGUCCAGUUGCCUUUUGCAAAGCAGUUUUGGGACAUGCUAACCCAAUAUUAUUUUAUUCUAAAAAAGAAACGUUUUUUUACAUGACUUACAUAUAGUUAUUUAACAAUGGGGUUUAUAUGGAGCAAAAUGCUCACACACAUAUAUACGUAUUCUAUGUUGUAAAAUAAAUGAUAGGCAACCCUUUGCGACCCAGCUAUGUAUUUCUCCUUCCUUUGAAAUAUUUUCUUGAUAGAAAAUGUGCAAAAUAAAAAGCAAUUCUAACAUGAGUUAAGUGCAAAUGUUAAAAAGCUCUCAAUUACAAAGGUAGUGGCUCUCAGCGUUUGAACUCAAUCUAUGAUUUGCAUGUAGCAACUUCAUUCUAGAUGUACUUGUCUCAGAAAAUCAACCUGGAGGGUGAACUUUGGGCUUCUAGUUAUCAGUUCAGGAAAAUGUGUAGCCUGUCUCCUGGGAAUCAUAUUUGAAAGCAGGCUUUCUUAUAUUAAGAUAAAUGAUCUCUUAGAAUUCACAUUGAUCUCAGUUAUGCAGCAUACUACCUCAUAUGGGUUCCACUUGAACCCUUGAGGAGUGGAUAAGGGAGAGAUUUCCUUUAACCUCUCCCUCAUAGAUUAAUAAUAAAAAGCACAUGAUUAGCACUUAGGAGAGAGUAAAGGCUGUGUAGGCUUCAAAAUGAUGUAGAAGAAGUGCUUCGCAACUGGGGUGGGACAGUGGUGUGUCCUACUACUACUAAAAAAUACCCCAACUUUUUUCAACCUUCUCACGAGUUUGAAAAAGAUGUGCCGCUGCUUUAAGAGUUUCCUUAGCCUUAACCAUAUUGGCUGGGGAAUUCUGGGAAUUGAAGUCCACACAUCUUCAAGCUUCUAAGGUUGAGAAAUAUUGCCUUAAGGAGAGGAUUCCUUAAAGGAGCAGCACCAUUUUUUUUAAAGUUCAGGGUAAAGGCUGCAAAGUCAGUCUACUUCAAUCAAGAGCUGAGAAAUAGUGCAUUUCUUCAGAAUAAUUUUCAAAGUGUGCAUAGUCCUAAGAGAGCACUUUCAGGAUGUUGAACUUCCUAAGCACACUCUCAGAUAGAAAGUUUGAAAUAAAUCAAUGAGAUGUAUAGUACUUGAAUGUUAUUGCCAUGUGAUUGAAGUUGUUAGAUUCUAAUGUAAAGCACAAUUAAUGGUGAUUUGAAAUGAAGAUAUGAUAAAGCUAUAAUCUAAUUUUUGUAGUUUAAUCUGUCUCCAAAAUCUUUUAAAUUGUGUUUUUUCCACCUGAAGUAUUUGGAACGUUAUGAAGAUAGAUAAUUAAUAUUGAUAUUACAAACUAGUUGUACAAUUCCUUCCUUUUUCUUACCUUCUGACUUUAAUUUCUCUAUUUCAUUCUACAUAAUAUUGCUUUCCCUGAAAAUAAUGUACAUAUGUAAGUAAGCAUUUAGAAAACGAUAAUACUAUGCUUUUUUUCUCUCAAAAAUCCCACAGGGUAAAAAUGAUUUUACCCUAAGUAGGUUUAAAGAUAUUGUAUCACUAGGGACAAUUGGAUUUUGUAUUUGUUGGAUGUGUCUUGUUGCUGAUUAAGUCGCUAUUUCUUCACAUGGAAUCUCUAUUUACUGUAGUUCCUUCAAUACAUAGUCAUUUUGUAGCAGAAAUUAUGAAUGCAGUGGAUGGAUCUGUGUGUGUAUAAGUUAAGGCAGGGGUCUCCAAACUUGGCAACUUUAAGUUUUAUGGAAUUCUGGGAGCUGAAGUCCACAAGUCUUAAAGUUACCGAGUUUGGAGACCCCUGAGCUAAGGGGUGUCUUUUUGGAAGCAAUUUACCCCUUUGUUUUUCCUGGUAUGCUUGCCUUUAAGUAAUACGGUAUAAUAGUCAGAAUAUCCUAUUUUUAAAUUAAAGUGUGCGUUAACAGAAAAACCAAUUUUCCAUAAAAAUUCAGUAGUUAAACUAACCUGGCUUAAAAGCACAUAUAUAACUUCCUUCUUUACAACCUUUUCCAGAUUAAAGCUCUUUUUAAAUAGGUUGGUAAAACAUUUCAGUUCGUAUUAAUUGCCUGUGAAGUUUCUAUGAACUUGGUGUUUGGGUGCUUUUGCAGAUGUGAGUUGGUACUCUUUCUGUGAAAUUCCCAAAUCUUUCAUUUUUAUUAAAUGAUUUAUCAUUCUGAUAUGCCUGACAUAAAGGAGCAACCUUUAUAAUUCACCGUGCACCUUGGUCAACAGCUGAAAGAGAUACUUUUAAUGUCCUUUUGCUUUCAGUUGUUAAGCAUUUCAUUAACAUGCUGUGAAUUGCAACUGAAGAUCUAGCAGAAAUUCCACUUAAUCCAGGAACUGAAGUCUGCCUAAAUCAGGAGUCUCCAACCUUGGCAACUUUAAGCCUGGAGGACUUCAACUCCAAGAAUUCCCCAGCCAGCUUUGCUUAAAGUUGCCAAGGUUGGAAACCCCUGGUCUAAAUGGCAGGUGUCGAUACUGGAAGAAGGGUCAGAAAUAAUUAUAGUUAAUGUCUGUAACACUGCUUAAAAAGGCUAGUGGAGAAGGGGAGAAUACAUUCCAUGGAGUGACAUUCAUUAAUAGCCGAAUCUGGCUCCCAGUUUGCUCAUUAUUUAGCAAGGAAACUUAUUUUUGCUUAGGCCAAUUACAGAUUUUAGUAUUAAUUCCUGACUGUUUUUUAUGUCAGCUACUUUGAUGUUUAAUAAUUGUUGCAUAAUGAAAGGAAGAAAACCCAAUAUGAAUUUUAUUUCACCAAAUGGAUACCAUAGCAGAAUAUAUUAACCAGCAAUUCUGAAUAUUUCUACUUUCAGUUUUUCCUAUUCCCAGCCAAUACAGUAUAAAGAUGGAACAUUUCUGGAACAUUUUAUAUUAUCACAACUAAUUAUAAAAAAAGAUCAGUGUGCAUGUGGUAAAUGAUGAAGCAUGUUUCUUUAGUGCAUUAUUUAAACAUUUUGCUCCCUGCAUUUGUGGAAAUGUUUCUACUAUCUGUUUAUAAUUGCUCAAGUACAAACGAAUUGCAAGAGAUAUUAAUUUUCUCAUUUCAAUGUGUUCAGUGUGAAGCUACAGCUGUCAGAUUGAUUUGAUGUAAGUUAACUGAAUAUCAUCUUGCCAAAGUUAGGUAAAUGGCUAUCAAUGAGAAAGCCACUUAGGUUAGGCCAGUCUCACUGAAAAACAGCUUCUGUGUCACAAAAGAAGUUAUUUAAGCACAGGGAUACCAAAUGUGACUAUCACUUAAAAAAAAAACCACUUCUGUUCAUAUUUUGUGGUAUAAAUAAAUAAAACGGUCUAUAAUGCAAUGCUUUUUUUGGUGCUUUAGCACUAUUGACUUAUUAUUCUUGACCUUUAAACAAAGCUAUGUUCUUAGUGGUACUGUUAGAAGUUUUCAUAAUUAUCGUUUUGAUAGGUUUGUAGUACAUCACAUUGCAUGUACAAUUCCUUUCCCUUCUCUGGAAUAACUCCUUUCAUGACAAGGCUUGAUUUAUGCUAAUAUUAAAGAAUCAAAUAAACUGGAAAGUGAGUAACAAAAGCAAGUAAUUGAUUUGCCUGUAGAAUAGAUCAGGGGUCUCCAACCUUGGUCCCUUUAAGACUUGUGGACUUCAACUCCCAGAGCAAAGCUGGCUGAGGAACUCUGGGAGUUGAAGUCCACAAGUCUUAAAGGGACCAAGGUUGGAGACCCCUGGAAUAGACCAUUGUUAUAAGUAUCCCUAAAAAAAGGUGCUUAAAAAGGUAGACAUGGGAGCCCAAUACUCACUAAUAAUCUCAUACUAAAUUUUUGGAGCUUCCCAUCUUCUGAGGUUCUUGGCACUCAAGAGGAACUGGCACGACUCCUUUGAAUCCUGCCAGUCUUCUCUCAAGGAGCAGCCUUCCACAACACAUGUGGGUGAUCUUAUGGCUUCUCCUUCUCCAGAAAAGUCCCAUUCACCUUGGUGCAAGCAUUGUCUCUGCCAUUAGACCAGGGCUAUCAAACUGGCUGCCUGCAGGCCAGAUAUGGCCUGCUCAGGCCACACCCACUCCGGCUCCGCAAAGGCAAAAAGCAUAGUGAUACGCAACGAUACGGCCCACAAUGUGAUCGGGUUUGACACCCCUGCAUUACAGUGGUGGGUUCUAACCGGUGUUACCACCGGUUCACUUUGCGCAUGCGCUUUGCGCAAUCGGUCCCCGUGUGCUCACUUCGCUCACAUGCACACCAAACUUGCACUUUGCGGAAGCGCAUUGAUUUUCUGAACAGCUGAGGGAGUGCAAUCUGCUCUGCUGCGGCUUUCAGCUGGGCUAAAAACAGAGGAAUAAAGGUAGGCAUAGCGCAGGGGCAGGAGGGAGGGCCCAGAUGAUGGUCAGAGUGAACCGGUUCACUGUCACUUCAACAUAUACGCUACCGGCUCUCCCGAACCGGGGAGAACUGGUAGCAACCCACCACUGAUGCAUUAGACAAAAUCAUGUUAAGUUUCCCAUUGUUCUAUCUGGAAAUGCCACAAGUGUUAAAAAGUAAAAAGACCAAUCUAAAUUAACCCUAAAAGAAUAUGAAAAGAGAUUGGUGCAUCGCUUCUCUUUAAGCUGUCUAGGAUGAGAAUUUGAAACAAUGCUCUCCAGUCGAUCCAUUCAUUUAUUGAAUCAAAUGAUAAUGAGCACCUAGCUGUUGUAAAAGUUGACUUCCGUCAGUCUCCCUUGCCCCACAAGUGAGUCUGGAAUGCCUGCUUCAUCUGAGGAAGUUAAAAUGGUCUUUUUCUUCAAGGCUGGCCUCCAGCUUGGCUUCCUAGUUCGCAGCCCCUUUCUGGAAAAACAUCUUAGUGCGCCAUCAGGAAAGGGAGCUGUUUCAAGGCAAGCCCUCUUUCAAAGGGAGAAAUAGAAGACUGGCAGAAUUAAAAAAGGGAUCAGCAUACAAUCCCUAUGUAGCCGCAAGCAAACUAAGCCCAAGCCCUCUUGAUUUCCAUUGACUCUUACUUAACUCCAAGCAGUUCGUUGAGAAUAUUCUUGUGCAUUGGCAUAAAAGGUAAAGGUAAAGGUUCCCCUUGCACAUAUGUGCUAGUCGUUCCCGACUCUACGGGGCGGUGCUCAUCUCCGUUUCAAAGCCGAAGAGCCAGUACUAUCUGAAGACGUCUCCAUGGUCAUGUGACCGGCAUGACUAAACACCAAAGGCACACAGAACGCUGUUACCUUCCCACAAAAGGUGGUCCCUAUUUUUCUACUUGCAUUUUUUUUACGUGCUUUCGAACUGCUAGGUUGGCAGAAGCUGGGGCAAAUAACAGGAGCUCACCCCGUUAUGUGGCACUAGAGAUUCGAACCGCUGAACUGCCAACCAUUUGAUCGACAAGCUCAGCAUCUUAGCCACUGAGCCACAGCAUCCCUUCUUGUGCAUAGGCAUAAAUAGCAACAAAUCAGUUUAAUUGGAUCUUCCAAUUAAACUGAUUUCCAUACGUGGACCCGAUUUUUUUGUCCUUGACAGGGGAGGCCUGAAUAAAGAAGUCCAGAAAGUAUUUUCCAACUUUUCCUUUUACCUGUCGUCAACUGUUAUACCUAGCACUGAGGUUUAUACAUACCUGGGCUUUGAGUUGAGCUGCAAUUAAAUACUAAACAGCUGGAUAUAUUAUUUAUUUCUCUCUCCCCUCCCCCAACUUAAGCACAUCAGGCACCCUGAUGAUGAGGAUUUCCCUCUGAUGUGAUGGGGUGCUAGGUCUAGCCUUCCAUGCUUAAAAAGUAUUGUUAUUGGCAAAGAAAGGAUCGUAUUUGUCUCUCUACAGAAGAGACAUCAGGGAAAAAAAAGUUAAUUCUAGGACGUGCCAUAGUUUUACCUUUACCUUAAAUGCACCCACCUAUUUAAUAACUAAACAACAUUUCCUCCUGGCCCAUAUAUGCAUUUUUAAAAUCCUUAAUUUGUAUUGCAUGCUCCAGAAGUUAUCAUGAUGCUAUGAUUUAUAUAUUGAUACGGUAGAAAUGAAUAUAAAGUAUUUUUAUGUUUGUUAUGGCCAGUAUUGAGAUUCAUUCAUACUUGAGCUUUAAAUUGGGUGGCAAUUGUAUUAAAUAAUAAAAAGCUGGAUAUAGGAGGCAGGAAAACAGUGCUGCCUCCGAAAUCUGCUACUCAAAUGAUUUCUUCAAACUGAUUUAUAAGAGAUAUCCUGGUAUGCACUAUUUUUGCCAUCAUUUAUAGUUCUGCUCUCAGUUAGCUUCCAGUGAUACAGUAGAUGGUAUAUCUCAGUCUGAUGGGAUAUUUUGAUUAAAUAUUGCUUGGAUCUAGUCUCACACAUCAUUAAGCCAUUGCUGGGUUAAACAUGGUUUACUGAAUUAAACUAUAGCAGCUGGUUGCACAAACCCAACCAUGAAUCAUAUAAACCAGAGCAGCCUGUUUUAUACAACAUGCUAAGCUGAAAUGAAGUACUAUCUGGCAACGUGAUAUAAAUAUCCAAUGACUGUUAAGUAAAGGGGGCCCCGUUGGUUCAGCAGUUAAAAGACCCUGAGCUUGUCAGCUGGAAGCUGACAGCCUUGGUUUGAGACCUGAGUGCCACGCAAUGGGGUGAGCUCCCUUCACUUGCCUCAGCUCCUGCCCAAUUAGCAGUUUGAAAGCGCGCAAAUGUGAGUAGAUUAAUAAGUACCACUUCGGUGGGAAAGUAAUGGUGUUCCAUGUUCCUCACUGUAUAGUCAUGCUGGCCACAUGAUCAUAGAAAGAAUCUUUGGACAACACCUGGGUCCCUCUGCUAAGAAAUGGAAAUGAGCACCAUCCCCUCGAGUUGGAAAUGAUUGGACAAGGGAAGUCUUUAUCUAUGUUAACUAAACUGGUUCAGCUUUAAUGUUGAGAUGAUGGAAUCAAGGACCAAGAUGGUGUGUAUGGUUUCCCUACAAACAAAAGUACAACAGAAAUAAUCAGAUGUUUCAGCAGACAUCAUACUAUUGUUUUUCGAAUAUAUUGGGACAUUUUUCCUGUUCUCUGUAUCUAGGGAAAUAGUUAUUUAGAUCAGUAUUUCUAAAUUUCAGUCACUUUUAAGAUGUGUGGGCAUCAACUCCCAGAAUUCCCUCAGCCAGCAGUGCUGAAUUCCGGGAGCUGAAGCCCACACAUCUUAAAGUGGCUGAGGUAGAGAUGCACUUAGAUUGUUAAUGUGAAUGAAGAGCCACCACUUGAGAAUCAGAGAAGAAUUGUUAGAUUUCAUCCCUUUCAUUUCAUUCUUAUUUCUUGGUAAUUUGAUAAACUGAAUAAACACACACACACACACACACACACAGUCCUUUUAUUCUUCCAGGUUGUAUUAUAUGAACAGAGGUUAACAGUGUUAUAACUUGAUAAUUAUUUGGAGAGAAAGUGUUGGUUAGCCUUAAAUGUUUUACAGACAUUUUUUACAGCAUAUUUAAACAUUAAUCAGCAAGUCCCCACUGUAUAUAUUUUCAGUGUCUGGUUUGAAGAGGUUGCUUAAUUUGUUCUGCUCCCAUUACUAAAGAGUAGAGUUACAGUUUUUGCUAGUUCAUUGUCGAAGCAAUUGCUUUUGAAUUUUUAGAGAAAAAAAAGUAUAUAUGUUUUUUUUUGUCUUCGAUGUGGGAUUCUAUCAGAUGCAUACAAUAUUUGUGGUAAAUCAACAGAGAAGUAGUAGAUUUGCUCACAGCAUCCUAGUGAAGAAUAGGCUGAUAGUAAUUUGUAUUACCCGCUAUAGCAAAACUAACUUACCUUGUCCCAAAAAAAUGCUCAGAAGCUCAUCUGUUUGUCAAUUCACUAUAUUGAGUGGUGAUAAAGGUAAAAUCCUAGAUUUACAACCAUUCGUUUGGUGACUGUUUGAAGUCACAAUAGCGCUGAAAAAAGCGACUUGCGAUAUUUUUCACGAUCAUGGUCACGUGAUCGAAAUUUGGGCACUUGGCAACUGGCAUGUCUUUACGACAGUUGUAUUGUCCUGGGGUCUUGUGUAUCACAAUUUGUAACCUUCGCAUCCAGCUUCCAACAAGCAAAGUCAAUAGGGGGAAGUCAGAUUCUCUUAACAACUGCAUGAUUCACAUAACCACUGUAGGGAUUCAUUUAACGGUGGCAAAAAUGAGAUGCAACAACUGCCUCACUUAGCAGUGGAAAUUUUGAACUCAAUUGUGGUCGCAAGUCAAGGACAUAUUGCAUUAUAAGCAGGGAGGGCCUGGAAUGGGACACUGGAUGUGUAUAAAAGCUAUUAACUAUCUUAUUCCAAACUCACAGAUGUGUUCAGAGUAUUGUAGACUUAAAGGUUGUGGGAAUUAUACUUUGAAUGCUGCCUGAAUAAUAAUAAGUCAAGCUUAGGUGACAAUAUCAUUACAGACAAUGCUUUGGGAUAUACAUCUAUUUAUUCAAAGAGUGAUUUCUAGAAGGGCUUUUUCACUUUUUUCUUUACCACAAAUAGAUUCUAAAAUAUAUGAAAAAAAGAAAAGAAAAAGUAAUAUUUAAAAUGGUGAAUGUGUUUAGCUUUACCAGUUGAUAAUAUGUACAUGUAUGUAAAAUAUUUGCAGAUAUUUGUAUACAUUUCUGUAAUAUAUGUAUAUUUGGUUAAUAAUGGUGGGAGCUGGACUACUGUAAAAUUACGCACUUUAAUUUCUGUUGAAAAUUUUAAAGAAAUUUGUAAUCCUGUAAAAUAAAAGCAACAAUCCAUCA